ACCGGCUUGAAUUUCUUGUUUCACAAACAAAGCAUAAAUACUCAGUAAAUUCUUUGUACUUUUGUUUUCUUUCAGUUUUAAGUUCGUACAAGUAAUUAUGAUGCCUGUAAUGUUUGGAUAAUUCAUGGAAGUGUCAAAAAAGGCAUUGAAGCUAUAGCAAAGCAGUAGUUAUAGUACUACAUAUCGGAAUCUCUGGAUAUAUGUUUAAUUUAGUGAUAUUGAACGUUAAAUAGGAUUCUUGAGAAGAACAGGAGAAUCGUGUAUUUAUGACGUGGGAUUUCUUUCAGUGAGCGCUUGAUUUUGUAUAAAGUAAUGAUUUAGGAAGAAUGCUUUUAUUCUCUCUGUUGUAUGGUUUUGGAAGACGUCCAUCACUUACACUAGAAGAUAGCUACAUCUGUUCAAAUACUUUCCUUGGUAGCUCACAUGUAGCCAUUCUUCUACAUCUGGGAAAAUACGGACUUGGAGGGAAAAGGGCUGUUAUUCCUCUUAUUUUGUACAAAAUAGACUAAUUGGGUGAUUGGCACUUGAUCAUGGCCCUGCCAUCCGUGCUCAUUCCUGAGACUGGGCCACUAGUGGGCUAGGCCAUUUCAGAUGCAUAUGGACCCCACCAGAUAAAGAUACCCAGCUGUCUCAGCUACUUAAAAAAAUCACUUGGAAGUUCCUCCAAUCUUGCGACAAAUCUGGGGAGUAGAAGAACCAGUGACGGAUGAAACAUUGUAUAUUAUGUCUGGACUGAUUGAAGGCCUUCCAGACGCUGUUGCACUGAGGUGCCUUGCGCGCGUUCCUUUUUACCUUCACCCAAAGCUGGAACUUGUUUCUCGGUCUUGGAAAGCUGCCAUACACAGUGCUGAACUUUUCAAGGCCCGGCAAGAAGUUGGCUCUUCAGAAGACUUAUUGUGUGUAUGUGCUUUUGACCCAGAGAAUUUGUGGCAACUCUAUGACCCUCUCCGAGACCUUUGGAUUACUCUUCCCGUUCUUCCAUCAAAAAUCAGGCACCUAUCCCAUUUUGGCGCAGUCUCCACUGCUGGGAAAUUAUUUGUGCUUGGUGGUGGCAGUGAUGCAGUUGAUCCACUGACUGGUGACCAAGAUGGAAGCUUUGCCACCAACGAAGUGUGGUCGUAUGAUCCAGUUACAAGGCAGUGGGCUUCACAUGCUUCCAUGCUCGUACCUCGUGCCAUGUUUGCGUGUUGUGCUUUGAAUGGAAAAAUUGUUGUUGCGGGUGGAUUUACCAGCUGUCGGAAAUCAAUUUCCCAAGCUGAGAUGUACGAUCCUGAUAAAGACAUGUGGGUCCAGAUACCCGACCUCCACCGUACCCAUAAUUCAGCGUGCUCAGGUAUGGUGAUUGAGGGAAAAGUGCAUGUACUGCAUAAGGGGCUAUCCACUGUGCAAGUCUUGGACCAUGUGGCUUUGGCAUGGACCGUAAAGGAUUACGGUUGGCUCCAAGGUCCAAUGGCAUUAGUUCAGGGUUCACCCUACGUUAUGAGCCAUUGGGUCAUUUUUAAGCUAGACGGGAAAGAGAAGAAGCUCAUAGUCUCGGCCCAUGAGUUCCGAAGGAGAAUUGGGUUUGCCAUGUUUGGGUUGAGGGAUGAAAUUUAUGUGAUCGGAGGGGUUAUUGGUCCCGAUAGAUGGAAUUGGGACAUUAAACCACUUUCCGAAGUGGAUGUUCUUACAAUUGGGAGCGAGAGGCCGACUUGGCGACAGGGGGCUCCGAUGACUCGGUGUCGUGGUACUAUUCUCGGGUGUGCGCUGUUGAGAGUUUAGGUGAAGGUUGUAAUAUUUUUUUUUCCUUUUUCAGAUGGAUGCAAUGUGAGAUGGUAGUACUCUUGUGGUUGUAGCGUUUGGUUUCUCAUUGAACACAAGAGUGUCCUUUUGCCGUCUCUUCAUGUGUUUGUGAACCGUAAAAUUUUUUGGGUCGCCUAUGUUGUUUCAUCUGUUGAAAAGCUGGAGUAUGCUGUUGACUGAUACAAAUUUGAAUACCAGUGAAGCAGGCAAAAAUUUGGUCA